AUGGAUCUUCGAGACAGAAGAAUUUUGGAUAUACAGCUUGUCCAGAGCAAUGAUGUGAAGAAUUCACAUCACAUGGAACUUGAGGGACUUAAGCGAGGAUUGUCAUUUCUUGAACAGAAAGAGUUGAAGAAAUACAUGAGAGAAGAGCAUAAAGACAAGAAACAUUACUUUGAUGUUUGGCAUGUAACCAAAGCAGUUGGGAAGAAACUGGAAGCAGCAACCAAAAAAAGUGGAUGUGCUGCAAUCCGUCCUUGGAUCAAGUCGACGACAAACCAUAUGUACUGGGUAGCAGCAUCAUGUAAAGAUGAACCAGAUAUAAAAGUGGAUAAAUGGUUGUCAGUGACAAAUCAUGUUGCAGACAAACACGAAGGACACUCACCCAAGUUCAAGCAGUGCGAGCAUGGACCACAGACUGAGGAAAGACUAUGGUUGAAAGAAGGUUGUAAACCAUACAAAGCUUUCAUGGAGGUUGUCAGCAGUUGUUACCUUGUGAGAGAUUUGCCAAACCUGUCUCCAGUGUAUCAGACUUAUGCAUUGGGGGUUUUCCACAGUGUGGUAAAUACUUGUGCGCCUAAGAACACCAACUACUUUUAUGCUGCAAUGAUGACAAGGUGCCGUGGUGAGGUUGGAUACGCUGGUAACCUCACUGUUGCGUAG